AAGACAAAAAGGUAUGGAUGGAGGCGGGGGCUACGAAGACAGGAGAGCUCUGGCAGGUAAAUGGCAGAACAUGUUUGCCUCUGAGUUUGUAUCCGAUGAUGGCCAAUUUAGCACAUGGCCCUACUCAUUUGUCGAAAGGAGCUAUGAGCGCACUAGUGUUAGAACAUUGGUUUGCACCUGGAAUUCAGACCCUCUUUGAAAAGUUUGUUCAGGGUUGUCUUACAUGUGCCAGACAUAACCCUGGGAGGUUUGUAAAGACCCCCAAGAAACACACUCCCAAACCCUUGUACCCGUUUCAAAGAGUGCAGGUGGAUUACAUACAGCUACCCAAGGUGAGCACAUAUGAGUAUGUCCUUGUAGCCAUUGAUGUAUUCUCAGGCUGUCCAGAAGCUUGGCCAGUAACUACAGCUACAGCCAAAAAUACUGCUAAGAAAAUAUUGUCAGAGGUAGUCUGCAGAUAUGGUAUUCCAGAGGUGAUAGAGUCAGACAGAGGCACCCACUUCACUGGGGAGAUAAUGGGACACAUACUGAAGACCCUAGGGAUCACACAAGCCCUGCACACUCCCUAUCACCCGGAAAGCAGCGGAAAGGUGGAAAGACUUAAUGGGACAAUUAAAUUAAAAUUGCAAAAGUAUUUAGACUCACACAGUUCUAUGAACUGGGUAGAAGCUUUGCCAGUAGUAUUAUAUGCCAUCCACACUACUCCUACUGGACAAGAAAAGCUUAGUUCAUUUAAAAUUUUGUUUGGUUCUGCACCAAGGACAGGGUUAUAUUUUCCACAGCAGCUGCAAGCAGACUACUCUACCCUGACUUCAUAUUUGGUGGAAUUGCAUGAACAUCUGUCAAAGGUGCAUUCACGUGUUUUCUCUUCUAUACCAGAUCCUAAUUCUCUUGAAGGUACACAUUCUCUGGUUCCUGGAGAUUGGGUAGUCCUGAAGAGGCAUGUAAGAAAGACCCUGGAGCCAAGGUUUGACGGUCCAUAUCAGGUGCAACUGACCACACCCACCGCCGUCAAGCUGAACGGGAGACCAGUCUGGGUCCAUGCAAGUCACUGCAAAAAGGUUCUGAAGACAGACAGUCACGAACAGGAAAGCAGCCCUACAGUUGUAAAUCCAACCAGUUGUGAGAAUAACGUGGAUCAGUAGACCAUCACAAUGCAUGCAAUGCCUUGCCUGUUUCUUUAUAUUCUAUGUUUUUGUGCGCAGAUGAAAGGAGGAAAACAUACAAAUUCCAUUUGGCAACUACAUCAACAGACUGCCAAGCAGCUGAAUACUACUGACUGUUGGAUAUGCUCUCAUAUCCCUGCCAACUACAAGGGAAUCCCUCUGAUAGGUGUUCCAAUCUCUAUGAAUGAUUUGAAUCUCACGGACUAUAGCUAUGAUGUUCAAAUAGAUGUAGAUCACACCUCACAUAAUGCUGUUUCUGAUCAAGGGAUAUACUUAGAGAUUACUGGUAUAAUCUCUCCGCCCACUAUAUGUUUGGGGCCUAUGUAUGUGAACCAUAUAGCUAAGAUAAAGGGCCGUUUUGUCAGUUUACCACAGAUAUAUGUGGGGGAAACAGAUUGUAGAAAUGCUACUCUGAUAUUCAAUAUGGAAUUUAGAAAGACUUCAUGUGACAUAGUGAAUACUAACUGUAAUAGUUUGUGCUUCUGUCCAACUAUGAAAGUUUCUUGUG